GAGGAAGAAGCAUUUAAAACUCACUAUCAAUAAAAGAGAAGGAAUGGUAUAUUCAAAAUUAACUUUGUUAUCAACAAGAAAAGGUAUUCACAAUUUGAAAAGUCUUUUAUUUUUGGAAGGAACAUUUGAAAAGUAGUCUCGUCCUCUUAUUUUCUUAUAGCGCAUCGUCCUAUAAUUCUGGGCCAUAUAGAUGUACUACACUCUAACACAUACACAUCAUCAUCUUCAAUUCUCUUCUCCUAUAUAUAUACAAAACACAAAUAAAAAUCUUCUUCACACUUUACAAUAUCUACAGCAAGAUCACAAACACGCUCAGUUUAAUUUAUUAAUCUGCAAAAAUCGAGCUAGGUCUCAUGUUGAUCAAGAUCACACGAGUUUGCGAUUCUUCUCUGAGUGGCUUCAAUCAUGAAAGCCGCACUCAGAAAUCCAAAAAUUUCUUACAAAAUUCUGAUCACAGAAACAUGGUUGUUGCCUUCAACUCCAAAGAUAAACAAGGUUUCCAAGCUCUAAGGAGCCAUACAAGAUUGCAAAACUAUGGCAAAAAUACAAGAAAAAUUAUUGUGCAUAGCGUGGAACCAGGAGCUUCGCCGCCGGGGCCUCCUUCGAAUAUUUUAAGCUGGGCUGUGGGUGUGGCUGUAGCAAUAGUGAUACCUUUCAUCACUUACAAAUGGGGUCCAUUAAUCAAGAGCAAGGUUAUGGGCGCUCUGCAGAUGGCGGAAGACGUGGCAGAGGCGGUGGAGAAGGUGGCGGAGAAGGUGGAGAAGGCGGCGGAGGAUAUCGUCGACGAUAUUCCAAAGGAUACGAAAUUGAGGGAGGUUGUGGAUUUUGUUGAAAAAAUUGCUGAAAGAGCAGCUGAUGAAGCUGGGGCAAUUGAUGAUUUCAUUGAUAAGCUUCAAGAAGAAGAAGAAGAAAAGGCAGAAUCCCCUGUUAAUUCUCUCAAUGAUGAAGUUAAGAAGCCUCCAGAGGAUUCAAAAGAGGAAAAACCAAAUGCUGGAAAUUAAAUUAAACAAAAGUUCAUUAAAUAGCAACUUUUGCCCACUUGUUAUUGGUUUCUGUUUCGAGAGCAUUCAAAUUAACUUUUAGCAAGGGAAUUUCUCGUGUAAUUAUAUAUUUUAAGGUUUUGAAUCGUUGUAAUAAUAUUGUACGUUAUUAUUGUA